AUGGAUCAAGGCCCUCCGCCUUGGGACCCGGAAUGUGGUCAAUUCUGUGUACCCCCAGUGAAUCUCGUCAGGUUCCGCGUGAACGUGAACGUGAACGUGAACAUUGCAUCAGAAAAUGCCCAUGAUUCAGCAAAUGUUAAACCACUGCGCAAUUUCACAUCUCUGUCUGAAGAUCGUCACAUCUUAGAAGAAGAAAGUUAUCUCUCUAUGGGCAACAACCCAUCUGGCAAUCUUAGUGGAAAUAGCUACAAGGUAUGGAAAAGCAUGUUACUCAGGAAUCAAGUCCUUGAAGAAACCUGCGACCAAAUGAGGCGUCCGUUCGCGGCGGGGCAAGCUCCGAGUCACCUCCUUGUUGACGACCGCAACAAGUACAUCUUCUGUGAGGUCCGUAAGGUGUCGUCUAUGGCCUGGCGUAAAGUCUUAGACACCAUGGCCUUGGCUGGUCCACCAACCGGAGGAUUGAAGGCAGGGGACCGGCUUCGUCGCCUCGGCACGUACUCGAAACAGGACAGAGAAUACCGCCUGCGUCACUACACCAAGUUCAUGUUUGUCCGGGAGCCCAUGUUGAGAGCGUUCUCCGGAUGGCGUGAGAAGUUCGUAGACGGUCCACAGCGCCACGCCUACCAAACCAUCUGGGGUCCCCAAAUUAAACGUUCCCGACUCUCCCGACAAAAUACCUCAUUUUCUUCUCAAGGACAACGUGGAGAAGCUAGAAGUAGUAUCAGCUUCGCUGACUUUGUUGGUUACAUCACCGGGCCAGUCCCUUCACCGUUGCAGCAAGAUAUGCACUGGCAGUCGUACCUCCCCCGGUGUCGCCCUUGUCGUGUCCGCUACGAUCUCAUCGGGCAUUAUGAGACUUUGGGCCCCGACGCUGAAGCCAUUCUUGGGGUCAUUUCUCCAUCAGGCCGUUCCAACAACAACACUGUAAUGUUUCCUCCCAUACGCUCCUCAAGAACACCAAAGUUAGCCAAAAGGGAGUUUUUAAAAUUGAAGUAUGAAGAUUUGUUGAAAUUAGCAAGACUUUAUGAGUUAGAUUAUAAACUGUUUGGCUACUCAUUGGAGCAGUUCAUAAAAUGGUUAGAAGCUACAGUGGCCGAUAGUGAGGACACGUGA